AUGUACGCUUGUUUGAACUGUGGCAAGGGUCCUAACUUUAUGCAGACAAUGUUGGACAAGUCAUGGGUGCAUUUAUGCAGAGUUGAUUCUGCAUAUGAGAGAGGUGCUCGGGGUUUUGUCAACGCUGUUACUGCUAAGUUAGGAGUUAAUGGGAAGAUUGUACGGUCGGAUUGGUUUCACCAUGGAGAUGGUCACGCUGUAGCUGUAGUGGAAGAGGCUGAAACCCCCUUAUAUCCAACGUGUGCGAGUCAUAGCAAGCUAUCAGCUGUGGUGUCAUUGUUUAGGAUUAAUUCUCAGAAUGGGUGGUCAGACAAGAGCUUUGAUGACUUACUGCAAACAUUGCCAAACAUGUUACCUGAAGACAAUGUGAUGCACACAUCAACUUAUGAUGUCAAGAAGUUUUUGAAAUCUUUUGAUAUGGGAUAUCACAAGAUUCAUGCUUGUGUGAACGACUGCUGCUUUUUUAGAAAGAAGCUGAAGACGGCUGAGAGUUGCCCAAAAUGCAAGGCGUCUAGAUGGAAGACCAACAUGCACACUGGUGAAUUCAAAAAGGGUGUUCCACAGAAGGUUUUGAGAUACUUUCCAUUAAUACCUCAUCUGAAAAGGAUGUUCAGAUCUGAGCAACUUGCAAUGGAUUUAAGAUGGCAUUUCAAUAACAAGAGCACAGAUGGGAAACUGCGUCAUCCAGUAGACCAUGUUACUUGGCAGUCAAUGAAUGACAAGUAUCCAUCGUUCGCAGCGGAGGAGAGGAACUUGCGACUUGGGCUUUCAACUGAUGGGUUUAAUCCCUUCAGUAUGAAGAACAGCCGUUACAGUUGUUGGCCUGUGCUACUGGUUAAUUACAACAUGGCUCCUGACCUAUGUAUGAAGGAGGAGAACAUCAUGCUCAGUCUGCUGAUUCCAGGACCGCAUCAACUGGGUAAUAGUAUAGAUGUAUACUUAGAACCCCUUAUGGAAGAUUUAAAUCAUCUGUGGUGCAUAGGCGAAUUAACUUAUAAUGCAGUUAGUAAGACAACCUUCACGCUUAAGGCAAUGCUUCUUUGGACUAUUAGUGAUUUCCCAGCAUAUGGGAAUCUUGCUGGUUGUAAAGUCCAGGGUAAAAUGGGUUGUCCUAUAUGCGGGAAGCACACAGAUAGUUUGUGGCUGAGUAAUAGUAGGAAAUUUGUAUUUAUGGGCCACCGGAAAUGUUUGCCUCCCUUACAUAGUUUCAGAGGAAAGAAGACUUGGUUUGAUGGGAAAACUGAACAUGGGACAAAGGGAAGGAUACUCAUGGGUAGGAAUGUCUCAUUUGUGCUGAGGAACUACAAGAAUGUUUUUGGUAAUAGAAAACAGUCUGGCAAAAAGAGAGCUGCUCGAGUUGACAUACCAUCUGAUAAUGAGGACGAAGUAAGUGAAUCUGAUGAAGAUGAAGAUUUAGGAGACAAAGACGAAGAGGAAUUAUCUAGAUGGAAGAAACGUUCGAUAUUUUUCACAUUGCCUUAUUGGGAGGAGCUCCCUAUUCGGCAUAAUCUAGACGUUAUGCAUGUGGAGAGGAAUGUGGCUGCAAGCUUAAUUGCCACAUUGUUACAUUGUGGCAAUUCAAAGGAUGGUCUAAAGGCUAGAAAGGAUCUUGAAAGUCUUGGUAUCAGGAAGGAUUUGCAUCCAAAAGCUCAGGGAAGAGAAGCUCGACUUGGUGGUCCUGUCCAUUUCCGAUGGAUGUAUCCAUUUGAAAGGUACAUGAAAGUAUUGAAAGACUAUGUAAGAAACACAGCAAGACCAGAAGGGUGUAUAGCUGAGUCUUAUCUUGCAGAAGAGUGCAUGAAAAACACUGAGUACGAGAGCCAUUCCAUCCUUGAAGGUCGUCCUAUAUCAGCUGGCCGCUCAUUCACUCUCACUGAUACAGAUAAGAAAAUAGCUCAUCUUGCUGUAAUACAGAACACGGCUAUGGUGGAUCCAUAUGUUGAUGCUCAUUUACAACAUCUACAAGACUCAAAUAGUAGAUGUAAACGGGAUGCAACUUAUUUAUGGCGUAUGCACACUGAAAAAUUUGCAGCGUGGCUUAAGCAACAGAUACCUAUUGAUUCAGAAUAUGAGGAAGAGACACUGAAGUGGCUGGCCUAUGGUCCUCGUAGCAUAUCCAGAUCUUACACAGGCUACAUUGUGAAUGGCCUACGGUUUCAUACAAAUUCGGUGCAUAGGCUAAGUCAGAAUAGUGGGGUUUACUAUGAGGCAACAGCAAUGUGUAGAUCUAGUGCAAGGGACACAGCGCAGGUGGUAGACGUUGUAUCCUACUAUGGGAGAGUAGUUGAUAUUAUAUUACUAGAUUACAAUGCCUUCUACGUCCCAAUAUUCAGGUGUCAGUGGGCAGUUAAAGGUAACGGUGUGAAGGUAGAGGAUGGCUUUACGCUGGUUAAUUUUAAUCACAGCCACAUAUCCUUUGCAAAGGAUCCAUUCAUUUUAGCAUCUCAAGCGAGACAGAUAUUUUACUCAAGGGAAAAUGAUGAAUCGAGUUGGUAUGUAGUUAUGAAGGGUCCAAGUAGAAGAUAUAGUGAUGAGAAAGUGGAAGACCUACAUGGAGAUGUAGGUCCAUUGCCUUCGGAUAUGGAUAUGAGUCUAGAAGACAUAUCAGAUGAGGCUGAGAAUGUCAGAGAUGAUUUUUCCCUCGAGUUUGAUUGUAGGAUUGCCAUGGGUAAAGGGAAAAAGCAAUCAAAGAAAAGGAAGACCAUUGUACAAGAUGAUGAGCCGGUAUUCAUUGGCACCAUAUACCCUGGGGAGACGCAGCAAGAUAUGCGUAUUGAGGAAUCACAGCCUGAAGACACACAGAACCCGACACAGCCACAGCUUGAUGAAUCAUAA